ACAGAACUGUACCUAUCAGUUUUAAUACAUUUAUUAAUUAAUACAGACAUAACUGAGUUAUUCGAUCAUUGUGUAUUUAGUACACACAUUUUUUAAGUAGUGGCUCGGUCCUACGUAGGGCCUGGUAGGACCAUGAAUAUUCUAAUGGAUUUUAGAAAUAACUUAUUUUUAAUAUUAUUAAUUUCUUUUAUAAAUAUCGUAAUAUCAUGUAACUUUGACACCUGUGGCGCGUGCAUCAGCUACGCGGAAGACAAAUGCGUUUGGUGUACACAAGAUGGUAUCACCGGACCGAGAUGUCGAUCACUUAAAUCUCUCUCUGGAGACACAACCAAGAAAGGCGAACCAACUUGGUGCAAGCCCGAAAACAUACAAAAUCCACAGUUUGAAAAAGUCAUAAAAGAAGAUAAAAACUUUUCAGACACUGAAGAAGGAUCCCAGGUCCAAAUAAAGCCCCAAGUAAUCAAGGUUAAAGUAAGGCCAGGAGAACCUGUGGACUUCACCAUGAAUUUCAAACCCGCUAAAGAUUAUCCUUUAGAUGUGUACUAUCUUAUGGACAUUUCGUACACGAUGGAAAGCAGAGUGGGCGAUUUGAAACGGCAAGCAGAAAAAAUCUAUAAAGAUCUAUCGGCAUACACAAAUAACGUAAGAUUGGGUAUUGGAAGUUUCGUCGAAAAACCAGGGUUUCCAUAUGUCGAUCCUAUAGGACACACGAGCCAUGCUUUUAGAAAUCAUAUGCCUUUAACGGACGACAUGAAACUAUUUAUUUCUACUAUAGACAAGAUUAAGUUUGGAUCAAAUUACGAUAAUCGUGAAGCUGGUUUGGAUGGGCUGAUGCAAGCUAUGACAUGUCGCGAAGAAAUUAAAUGGAGAGACAAUGCGAGACGAAUUAUAAUCUUGAGUACAGAUUCUCCGUACCACAGUGCCGGUGAUGGUAAAAUUGUAGGUGCGAUCAAACCCCAUGACAUGCAGUGCCACUUGAAAGAUAAUAUGUAUACUGAAGCCUUAACAUUGGACUACCCAUCUGUAAGCCAGAUUAAUAAAGUGGCAACAGAUGAAAACUUCAAAAUAAUAUUUGCAAUAGCCCCUAAUGCCCUUAAAGAUAAAAUUCCUGAAACGGAAUACAAACAUUUAGUCAGACAGAUAACUGGAGCUAGUUUCGCAAGGCUGGAAGGAGGCGACAGUGUCAUACAAAUUAUCAAACAAGCAUAUGAGGAAAUGGCAAACACUGUGCAGAUAAAGUAUAAGGCGCCGUCGUUUGUGAACGUGACUAUUGAUCAGGAUUGCAGCUCUGUACCAAAAAGAAACUGUGAAGUUCCACAUAAAAAGUCGCUUAGUAUCAAUGGAAGACUAGUCGUAAAGUCAUGUCCUAAAGAUAUUAGCAAAACUAAAACCACGGUUACACUUAAUCCUUAUGGUUUACGCGACAACCUGACUAUUGAAUUAGAAAUCGCCUGCCAAUGUAACUGUGAGCAGGAAAUCGGUAGCAUAGUACCAGGAAUUUGUCACGGCAGUGGUUUUAUUCAGUGCGGCAUUUGCAAAUGCCAACCGGGAAGUUACGGUAACGACUGUCGGUGCAAUGGUACUUCCACGGACCAGCGCGAUAUGGAGAAGUGUAAAAUAAGUAGCGAAGCAAAGUUAUGCAGCGGCAGAGGUAUUUGCAAAUGUGGACAAUGUGAGUGCCAGAAUGGUUUCUCUGGCAAUUACUGCGAGUACGAUGACAACUCCUGUCCUAAACCCAACGACCAGCUUUGUUUCGGACACGGCAGGUGUAUCCGAGGGCAAUGCACAUGUGAUUUGGGAUAUAGUGGAAAGGACUGCAGUUGCAAAAUGGAUGACAAGGAUUGUUACGCGCCGUACUCCACUGAGGUCUGUUCUGGAAAAGGUCAAUGCAUCUGUGGUGCAUGCGUAUGUGAUACAAAAAAGGGCAAAAACGAAACGUAUUCUGGAGUAUUUUGCGACAGUUGUGACGAUUGUGUCGCAGCACGAUGUAAAGAACUAGGAAACUACGCCUACUGCAAUUACAUCCAUCGAGACAAUAAAGCUAUUUGCGACCGCGAUGAAGGAAGCAAAGUUUCGAACAUUAUAGUCGAAUUUGCGAACAAAUCAGAGAUAAAUGGACCGAAAUUAUAUAUGGCUACGAGGUGCAUGAAGGAUUUGGAAACUAACAAUGGAAGCGUCAUGAUAUUCAAGUACCGAUACAUUAAUCGCGACUUGAAGAUCACUAUACAAGAAGAAUUGGAAUCACCACCUAUAGCUAAUAUUUGGAUCGCUGUUCUGUCGGCAAUAGGCCUGGUUCUCUUGAUCGGUAUACUAACCGUCAUCAUAUGGAAGAUUCUAGUAGAUAUGCAUGACAAGAAGGAAUACAAGAAGUUCCAAGAUGAAGCUUUGGCCGCCGGCUAUGAUGUCUCUCUAAACCCCUUGUACCAAGACCCGUCUAUUAACUUCUCAAAUCCCGUGUACAAUAACCAAUGUACUACGUAAGUUGAUGUUACAAAUAAGGAAAAUUAUAUGUUAUUAUAAUUAUAGUGUCAGUCCUAUAAAUAUAAUUUAAAUGUAAGGAAAAUAAACAUUUAUUCCUAAUUUACCCAAAAA